AUGCUAGUUACAACCUCAAGUGACCGCAUCUAUGUGACACCACCUAGCCAUACAGGUCGAGUCUUCCUAAAGGUCACUCCUGUGUUGCUGUGGAAAGUUGGAGGGACAGUCAGUCCACUUUCAUCUCUCACCGCAGUCCAGGCCAAAAGAGAGACAUAUCCUAGCAAGAGACUUCAGAGGAGCUACUGCCACCUAAGGGGUAUUCCUCUUCCAUCAUUCAGCAAAAUUCAACCCCUUCUCUUAAUUGGAUCUGAUUACCCAGGUCUAAUCACUGCUAAAGAGCCUCCCAGAUUAGGCCUGGAUGGCGGACCAGCAGCUGUACAUACGCAGCUUGGUUGGGUUCUUCAGGGACCAGACGGGCUUCUCCCGCACCAAAUACCAUCUCAAGAGUGUUUGCUCACCUCCCUUACACCUGUUUGCGAUUCGAUACUCCAAGAGGUCGAACGGCUGUGGCAGUUGGACGUUCUUCCUUACUGCAACGAGAAGCUGGUAAUCCGAUCACGACAGGACCAAGUAGCCAUGGAACUUUUGGAGAGCAGAACACAGCGUGUGGAAGUGGAUGGAAUCUGGCGUUAUGCUACCCCCCUCGUACGCAUACCAAAUGCACCACCACUGAAGGCUACCAAGGAGUCUGUUCUACCCAAUCUUAGGGAUAUGGAGAAACGCUUGAGCAGGGAUCCAGGGAAGGCUAAGGUUUAUGAAGCAGAGAUUCAGAAGCUCUUGGAUGCAGGAUAUGUUGUCAAGGUCUCGUCAGUUCUACAUAUGGAUAAUGAAUCGUGGUUCAUCCCAGAUCAUCUUGUCCACCACAAUGGCAAGGAUAGACUAGUUUUCAACUGCUCCUUCAUUCAUCAAGGCCUCUCCCUCAACCAGCAGCUCCUUCCAGGCCCAUGCCUUGGUGCUUCAUUAUUGGGAGUCCUUAUUCGGUUCCGACAGCCUCCAGUUGCUAUCACCGGAGACAUAUGCACUAUGUUUCACCAAGUAAGGCUCCUGCCGGAAGACAAACCUCUUCUGAGAUUCAUCUGGCGAAACAUGCUGAAGGGGGAUUCGCCUGAUAUUUACCAGUGGGAAGUCUUGCCUUUCGGAACAACCUGCAGCCCAUGCUGUGCGACCUUCGCACUGCAGAAGCAUGUCAGAGACCACCAGGCAGGUGACGAAGCAGUGAGACAGUCCAUAGAACUGAGCUUCUAUGUGGACAAUUGUCUACAGAGUCUUCCCACUGUGGAACAAGCCAAGCAGUUAGUCGACAAGAUGAGAUCCUUUCUUGCCUCUGGAGGGUUCGAAAUAUGGCAGUGGGCCAGCAAUGUCCCCUCAGUGGUCGACCACUUACCAGCAGAUGCCAAAUCGCAGAGUAUAGAACUAUGGCUGCAGAAGGAUCAUUCUAACCCUCAGGAGCCAGCUCUUGGUCUGAUGUGGCACUGCCUCAAUGAUUGUCUGGGUUACAGACACCGCCCGAUGACAGAGUGUCUCCCGACAAUGAGACACAUCUACAAAGUCCUGGCAUCACAAUAUGACCCUUUAGGGUUCAUCAACCCCUUCACCACCAGGGCUAAAGUUUUAGUCCAAAAGCUCUGGGCUAAACUGAGAAGUUGGGAUGACCCAAACAUCCCUACAGAUCUCCUUGAAAGCUGGAGAGCGUGGGAACAUGAGUUACCUAACCUUGCUAAGGUUGUGUUUCCCCGUUGUUACAUUCCUUCACGUUUCAAGGAUGAGGCAUCCCGAUUCAGCUUUCACAUUUUCUGUGAUGCAGCCGAGGUGGCAUAUGGAGCAGUAGCGUACCUGCUUAUCGAGCAACAGGGUGAAGUCCACACUUCCUUUGUGAUGGCCAGGUCAAGGGUAGCUCCAAAGCGACAAUUGACAAUGCCACAGUUGGAACUUUGUGCAGCCUUGGCGGGUGCACAGCUCGCUAAGCUUCUGUUGCAAGAGCCUUGAAAGCAGGCAAACCAGUGAGCACUUCUAGUCGUCUGAACACACUGGCACUGGAGUUUGAUCAUGCAUUAGGUCUAAUUCGGGUUGGAGGACGGCUCUGGAGAUUGGAAGGCCUGAGUCCAACUGAGACUCAUCCAGUAGUUUUGGACUCCCAUCAUUCUGUCACCAAGCUCCUGAUCCAAGACUUUGAUGAACGCUUAUUUCAUCCCGGUCCAGACAGAGUUUUUGCUGAGCUCCGUCGUUACUACUGGGUCCUGAGAGGCCGGCAAGCAGUGAAGAAACACCAGAGGGGGUGCGUUCAAUGUCAGAGGUGGAGGGCUAAGCCAACAGUACCCACAAUGGCUGAUCUACCCUUGUCUCGUCUACGACUUCAUCAACCACCAUUCUUUUCGACAGGUGUUGACUGUUUUGGGCCCUUCACUGUGAAAAUAGGUCGCCACUCAGAAAAAAGAUGGGGUGUGAUCUUUAAAUGUCUGACUACCCCCUGUGUACACCUUGAGCUCCUCAUUAGCCUGGAUGCAGAUGCUUUCUUACUUUCCCUGAGACGUUUCAUCGCAUGGCGGGGUACUCCUUCGGAAAUUCAAGGGACUAAUUUCAGAGGUGCCUAAACAGAACUGAGAGAAGCCUUUAGGAGUAUGGAACCUCAACUGCAGGAACGGCUGGCAGACCAUCAGAUCACUUUCAAGAUGAAUCCUCCUGCGGCACAGCAUUUUGGUGGCACAUGGGAGCGUGAGAUCAAAUCUGUGAAGUCGGCCCCGCGGGUCAUUGUAGGAAGUCAAUCCCUGCCUGAAGAUGUCUUGCACACUGUGUUAGUGGAGGUAGAGGGUAUCCUGAAUAGUAAGCCAUUGGGUUAUGUCUCCUCUGACAUGGCAGAUGUAGACCCAGUCACGCCUAACUUCCUCCUCAUGGGGCGGCGGGACUCUUCACUGCCCCAAGUGGUCUACACUCCAGAACCUCUUUCCAAGCGUUGAUGGCGCCAUGCCCAGACUAUAGUUGAUCACUUUUGGGCACACUAUACACGGCAUUACUUACCUAACCUCCUGCAAAUCGUCUUAAGUGGCAGCGUGAGACCCAGGAUCUGACUCAGGGUACUGUGGUAAUGGUGGUGGACCCACAACUACCUCGUGCUCACUGGCCCAUUGGUAAGGUUGAGAGUCUGGUUCCCAGCGAAGACGGCCAUAUUAGGUCAGCAAAGGUCAGAAUAAAAGGAUCGCCUAUAUCUUCGACCAGUGGCUAAGUUAGUUCAACUCCCAGCACUCCCGGAUGAUGAUGAAACCAAUGUUAAGAACUAAGGAAUUUACGUCUUCUACAUUUUAGCUAUGCUAAUCUGGGGGCAGCUGUACUAAAUUCCUUAUACUUAUAUGGUAAUAGGUAGUAGACCUUAGAUGUAUAUUAAGCUGUAGUGCACGUAGAGCGCAUUCACAUGCAUUCUGAUUUUAGUUUACUUUCAGUUUCGUCUCUGCUGCAUCUUCAUCUUCGACGAGUGGUAACUGCGUGCAUGAAUACUAAACCACACGUUUACCACCUCAAUUCCAAUGCUGUAUAAUGCUGGAAAUGUAUACUGGCACACCUGAAGAGAUAAAUAAUUGAACUUUCUUCUGUCUCCUGUCAUACUUCUUGCCAGAGUUCCGUAGUGGACUAGCCUUCCACGUAACUUCAUAAAAUAGAGUCCUUUUCAGUAGUUAUAUAAGAGUCAUAAUACAAUCCAUAUAUCACGUGGGUGACUUUUUCAUCCAAGACAAAUGUAGUACUUAACAUGAUUUCGGCAAACUAAGUAAAAAAAAAUAUUGUGUAUAAUAAUCAUUUCUGGCCAAGAUAAAAACACAAUCAAAUAAAACUCUUCUCCCAUAAUAGAUUAGAUAUAUAACGUUAUAAUAUUUAACAGUAAUGUGUUUGAUUUUGAAAUGUGUUAAUGUGAUAAAUAUUAUAUUCUUUGUAUAGGUCAAUCGCUGCCGAAACAAUGAAUAAUCGCCACAGGACCCAUCUACCAGUCAAGAUACCUAUGGAAACACAAUAUCUUUAUUCAUUUGUAUUGUUGUUUUUGAUUGUGCUAAUGUUUUUUUAUAUUUGUGAUAUAGUUUCUAGGUUUAGUAAUACAGAAAUAAAAAGAUGAC